AUUUAUAUAAUUUUAUUUUGUUAUAAAUGUAUUAGAUUACUAUAAUUAUUGUAUAUUGUUUAAUAUUAUUGUUAAUUACAAGCCAUUGACAACUAAUGUGAAUUAAUUAAUAAUUUCGAUUUGAUUUAUUUGAGUGGCUUAGUUUCAUUCCAUCAUUGGAUAUUAAAAUACUAUGGUGAUAUGUAUCAGUUUAAUAUAAAUCUCUAUGUAAAUUGAAUAAAAAAUUAAGGAUUAAUUCACUAUUUUGAUAGAAAUAUCAUUAAAAUUGGAAAAUAAGAAUAAGAAAGUAAUUAACAGAAUGGUAGUAGAAUAAUGAAUAGCAUUUUUAUUGAAAAGAAAACGGGAAAAAAAUGGUAAUGGACUAUUUACCCUUUAAUAUUAUUAAUAAAAAAAAAUGAUAAAAAAAGAUAUUAAUGGACAACAAUUCCUCUCAAUAUCCUUACCAUUUUGAUGAUAUUUCCUAUUUGGCAAAGGAACAGAAGAGUCAUUUCUCAGCCACCGAAGCUCUCAAUUUCUAAAAGAACUCUUUAUUGAACUGAAAACAUAAAAUCCAAUUCAAUCUGGUCUUUCAAGUUGCUGAGAAAAAAAAAAUACAAAAAUGAAAAUUUUCCGUCCAAAUGUAUGCAUCUUUCUCUGAAUUCUGAAUUCUCAGUUUGGCUUCUCAAAGAGCUCCCUCCAAUCUCAAACACGCAAAAGUUCCAAAUGUUGGAUUUUAUCAGGAAACAAUUGGAACUUGCCGGCACAAGCUGUUGAUUGAGCUUUGUGAUGGAGAAAACAUUAGGGACCCAUCAAGAACCGGGUCAUACUUCAUCUUCAUUCGAUGGAGGUGACAACCCGAGCAAUAGGAACAUUACUCUUGCGCCAGAUCAUUCGGGUCCGGCUGCAGCAGCAGUGGCUGCAAAGGUGAUGAAGCACAACCCAGGUAUUGCAAUGGAUUGGACUACAGAGGAACAAUCGGUGCUUGAAGAAGGGCUCAGAGCAUUUGCCUCAGAUACAAAUGUAAUUCGAUAUGCAAAGAUUGCUAUGCAACUAGAAAAUAAGACAGUUCGGGAUGUGGCGUUGCGGUGCAGAUGGAUGAGUAGAAAGGAAAAUAGCAAGAGAAAGAAAGAAGGCCACAAUUUAUCAAGGAAAACCAAAGAUAGAAAGGAAAAAGGCACUGAACCUUCUGCAAAAUCAUCUCAAUUGGCAUUGCAGGCCAAUGCUCCACCACAUGUUAUGCCCAUGAUUCCUGUGGACUUUGAUGAUGGCAAAUCAUCCAAAGCCAAUGGUGUUUCUGCUAUGAAGCUGCUUGAGAAUAAUGCACGGGCUUUCAAUCAAAUUGCUGCAAAUUUUUCCUCUCUGCAGAUAGAAGACAACAUCAGUCUUUUCUGCCAGGCUCGUGAUAACCUUCAGGUCCUUCUGAACAGCUUGAAGGAUGAGCCAGAAGCCAUGAAGAAGAUGCCACCUCUGCCUGACAAGUUGAAUGAGGAGAUGAUUAACUCCAUCCUUCAUCCCCCUGCUCGCCCCGCCCCAAGGCAGCCAUGAGAGUAUGACCAUGAUGUGCACCUGAUGGACCUCCCUCAAUACAUUUUGCUUCUCUGCUUCUGUUAGUCUUUUAUCGAAUUCUAUGUGCUAGGAAACAAACUGUGAACUCAAGAUGAUCAUCAACCAUUUCCCAAUUGAAAAUUCUAGUGAUCCAUACAUGGGAAAUUGGCAUGGUCAUUUUUUUCCCUUUUUCCUUUACAUUUUCGUGCCUUUUCUGUUCAUUGUAUAACUUGUGCAGAGAUUGAGGGAGUAUCAAGACCAAUAAUAAGUGGGUAUUUUGAUGCUA